UCAAAUAGUUGAACUCAAACUACUCCCAUCACUUACGAAACAAAGCUCAGAGACAAUGGCGAUCCAAAUACCAAGUCGGCAACUCUUUAUCGGCGGCGAGUGGAGGGAGCCAGCUCUCAAGAAACGCAUCCCUAUCAUCAACCCCGCCACCGAACAAACCAUCGGGGAUAUUCCGGCAGCUACAGCUGAAGAUGUGGAGAUUGCGGUGGAGGCGGCUCGGAAAGCCCUUGCCAAUAACAAGGGGAAAGACUGGGCAUCGGCACCGGGGGUGGUUCGUGCCAAGUAUUUGAGAGCCAUUGCUGCUAAGAUAACAGAGAGGAAAACUGAGCUAGCGAAACUUGAAGCAACUGAUUGUGGGAAACCGCUGGAUGAAGCGAUAUGGGACAUGGAAGAUGUGGCCGGGUGCUUUGAGUACUAUGCGGACCUUGCUGAAGGUUUGGAUAAGCAGCAAAAGGUUUCUAUUGCUCUUCCCAUGGAGACAUUUAAGACUCAUGUUCUUAAGGAGCCGAUUGGUGUAGUUGCGUUGAUUACUCCAUGGAACUACCCUUUACUAAUGGCUACAUGGAAGGUAGCUCCUGCCUUGGCUGCUGGGUGUGCUGCAAUACUAAAGCCGUCUGAGUUGGCAUCAGUAACUUGUUUGGAGCUAGCUGAGGUGUGUAGAGAGAUUGGUCUUCCUGCUGGGGUCCUCAAUAUUCUGACUGGGCUGGGCCAUGAAGCUGGUGCUCCUUUGGCAUCUCAUCCCCAUGUUGAUAAGGUUGCAUUUACUGGAAGUACUCUCACAGGGAGCAAGAUUAUGUCAGCAGCAGCUCAACAAGUUAAGCCUGUUUCGCUGGAGCUUGGAGGGAAAAGCCCAAUUGUUGUUUUUGACGAUGUUGAUAUUGACAAAGCUGCUGAAUGGACCGCCUUUGGCGUCUUUUGGACAAAUGGUCAGAUCUGCAGUGCCACAUCCCGUCUAAUACUGCAUGAAAGCAUCGCAUCAAAAUUCUUGGAGAGACUUGCCGAAUGGUGCAAAAAUAUCAAGAUUUCAGAUCCUUUGGAAGAAGGUUGCAGGCUUGGCCCUGUUGUUUCUCAAGGGCAGUAUGAGAAAAUAUUGAAGUUCAUCUCAACCGCUAAGAGUGAAGGUGCAAAAGUUUUGUGCGGUGGGCUUCGUCCCGAGCAUUUGAAGAAAGGAUUUUACAUUGAACCUACCGUCAUCACCGAUGUAACAAACUCCAUGCAAAUUUGGAAAGAAGAGGUUUUUGGACCUGUUUUGUGUGUCAAAACAUUUAGUUCAGAAGAAGAAGCUAUUGAAUUAGCGAAUGAAACCCAAUUUGGGUUGGGUGCUGCUGUCAUAUCAAAUGAUCUGGAGAGGUGUGAGCGCGUUUCUAAGGCCUUUCAAGCAGGAAUUGUCUGGAUCAAUUGCUCACAACCAUGCUUCACUCAGGCUCCUUGGGGUGGCAACAAACGUAGUGGUUUUGGGCGUGAAUUAGGAACAUGGGGACUUGAGAAUUACAUGACUGUGAAGCAGGUUACUCAAUAUGUAUCUGAUGAACCUUGGGGUUGGUACCAGUCACCUUCAACUUCCAAACUGUGAAAAGGUUUCCUCCAAAUAGAACUGAGCAAACUGCAAGCUUUCUACAUCAGCAGAAAUAAGGGGUUACUUGCAGUUAAUUUGAUGUAAAAGUUUCCGAAAUAACUAGAUUAAAGUCUUCUUAACAGCCGAGAGUCGCAUGUUUUGUAUUUUGAGGUACAUUUACAGAUUUACUCAUUUAGGAUCAUAGUCGUGAUAUAUAAGCCGCACUGCACUUACUGUGUCACUCGUGAGCUAGUGCACCUGUAUGUGAAAUGAUUACAAUAAGUUACGUAGUCUGGAUUUAAUACAAGUUGGAAGGUGGAACACAUACAAAACCUA